AACUUGAAUUAAAAAUUGCAGAUUAUCAUAAUAGUCUGUAUCGUGUUUGUGUUUGUAAUUUAAAUAAACAACUGUAUUUAUAAAAAUAAUUCAUUCGGUAGAAUGCAAAUAAUUUUGUUAGUUCAAGGGAUUGUGUAAAAAAAAGAUAAGUUGUUCCAUCUGUUAUUUCUAGGUCGCUGUGACAAGCAUAGAUUAUGAGGAAAAACAGCAAAAAGGCAAUGGCGGCUAUUCUUUAGGCGACUAUUGAAUUUAUUAUGAAAAAUUUCGGAAAAAUGUGAUCUACGUGUUGAUUGAAGAAAAACAUAUUCGAGGUGUGGCCCAAAGGCGGAGGGAUGAUAUUGCUCCUAGGAAUAGAGAUGGCACACAGUAUGUGCAGACAAUGGCUGACAAACAAAUAGAGCAGUCGCUGAGUUCAAUGAGUAACGAAUGGUUGUUGAUAGUAGAUCAGAUAGGAAAGAUCGUCGGCUGGCAGGAAGGAGUAAAAAAUCGAGUGUGCCUAAGUAAUGAGCGAGACUCGGCAUCAUCUUCACUCGGUUUCGGACUUGUAUGCAGCCGACGAGAUAGAAGUACUUUUGUUGGAAGAAAUUCGUGACCUGGAAUUACCUGCCUCUGCGUAUUCUAGACCUGAGGAUAUACAAGAUUUUGACAUCGCAGGUAGUAGGACAGGGGGGCAAAUUAGCUCCCAACCUUUGGAGCUGGAUUCACCAGGGGUCCAUUCGACAGUCCAUUCAUGGGACUCACAUGCUAAUUAUCAUGGUCACUACGGCUAUGGUGAUCACCAUGACACUUCCUCCAAUGCUUUGGCUUGGCCAAGAACAAGCCAUUUGGUUCUUUACUGUGACAUACAGGGACAUCUUAAAACAGCUAUCGGCGUUGUUAGACUUUUACUGCUUAUAUCAUCUGCAGCGUGUUUGGCAACAUUAUGCAGCUCCGGCACUGCCAAGGUCAGCUUAUUUAUGUUGCCUUUAGUCGGGCGGCUGCGUUUCAUGAUCUUUGUAGCAGUUUUCUGUUUUUUGAUCACUGCAUUGCUCCUCUUCCUUGAUAUUUCGCAUGUUAUCUAUGUUUUUCCUUUCAAUUGGGCUAAAUUGAAUGCUUGGGUAUUCACUGGUAUAGGCUUAUCUUAUGCCUUGAGUAGUGCGUUAUUAGCAUGCUCCAUAUGGGAAUAUUACAGUGGAGGUUGGGUACCAAAACGCACUCGUUCUCAGUUAUCUGCUGCGGCAGUACUUGGAUUAUCAUGUGCUAUUUUAGCAUUUUUACUUUCAUGGAUACAUGGUCGCAGUAGAUCAAGUUGCAGGAAUCCAGAUAGUCGUAAUCAUACACCGACGCAACUUUAUAAACCUGUUGAUAAUUCUUCCUCUUCUGGAGUUACUCUGAAAGAACGAAGCCCUAAGAGGCCAGAUUCGUGGGUUGUAAAGAAUCAACAGUCCAAGAAACAAAAUACAGAUAGUGAUACAAAUACAAAUAAUGGCCAUCACGGGAACGAUACUCAUUCAAGAUAUAAACAAGCCGCUAAAAGAAAGGAUCAUUGGGCUUCUGCGAGACAGCAUUUCUUACCCUCCGAAGAGAACAAUCAAGAUAUUCAAAGAGAUGAUGUUAACACCGAAAGGAGGAGAAGAAGACGAAGAAGAAACGGUGAUAGUAGUUCGACAGGCGAUGGAAAUUUAAUAAGUAAUAAAACCGAUAGUGAUCAUAUUAUUGAAGAUAACAAACCUAGACGAGUGCCGCGUAAACUAGCUCUCCAGUCGGUAGAGCAAUCACGACCUUGGCCUGGUGCUGAACGCGGUAGCAGUAGUUCAAUGCAAAUUAGAAACAAAACUUUACAAAUCCCAGUGAACAAUAACGCACAGGACUAUUGUGGCAUAGAUGAAUCUAGUUCGAUGCAAGUGACUCAAAAUGGUUUUCAUUGGGAAAUGGAAUGUACAUCUAGUAUCAGUAUAGAGAAAACAACAACAGAAAUAGCUAUGGAUCGUACUGCCAUGUGGUCUGGACAAUGGCAUCCACCACCUGAUGACGUUCAACCAUGUUCUAGUAAAACUAUUGAUCCUUACAGCUUUGCCUGAUCAAAUUUCGAAAAUGUAUAAAUAUGUUCUAGAUAAUAUUGGACUCAUUGCAGUGAAUGACUUUUGGGAACAGUUAUAUAGUACAGAAGUUUCCCUUGAAACAAAAUAGUUCCAUAAUAUCAUACUUAAUUUUACUUUUUAUUCUUUAUGUUAAAACAAUAAAUGCAAUAUUUUAUUGUUUUA